CUCGGAUUUAUAAUUUACAAUACUAAUCCAAUUGAAGCCGUAAACUCGAAUGCGCCGGUAUAAAAGCCAGCUCGGACACUGACUCACUUCAGUUCUUCUCCGGCGUUGAACGCAGACGACUGAUAAGAAUCGACCAACGUGCUUUCCAAACAUGUCCUGGGGAUACACCAAAGAAAAUGGUCCUGAUACUUGGCAUAAGGAAUUCCCGAUCGCAAAUGGCAAGAGACAGUCGCCAAUUGAUAUCAAUACGGCUCAAGUGCAAUACGACUCGUCGCUAGGCAAUCUCAAGCUGCAUUAUGAUCCCAAAUCUGUCAAGAACGUUUCUAAUAAUGGUCAUACGUUCACUGUAGCCUUCAAUCAGUCGGAUCUCAAUGAUUUAAGUGGUGGCCCAUUGAAAGAUAAAUAUGAGCUGGCGCAGUUCCAUUGUCAUUGGGGCAGCAGGGACGAUGUUGGAUCUGAACAUACGGUCAAUGGAUCUUACUAUGCCUCUGAACUUCACCUUGUUCACUGGAAUACGACCAAGUUCAAGUCGGUUGGCGAUGCUAUUAAAUCAGACAGUGGUAUUGCAGUUCUUGGUACUUUUAUCAAGGUCGGAAAAGAGCACCCCUAUUGGGCUAAAAUACUUCCGUAUCUUUCCAAAGUUGCUCACAAGAAUCAGUCAGCUGAUAUUCAUCUUGAUGGUGGGUUCGAUGUCUCCAAGAUUUUACCAAAUAAUACUAACGAUUACUACACAUACGAGGGCUCACUAACAACUCCCCCACUUUACGAGAGUGUUUCCUGGAUCGUCUUCAAGGAACCUAUUGAGAUUUCAGAGGCGCAGAUGGCGCAAUUCCGAGCUCUUAUGACCUCAGAAGAAGGAUCUUCUGGCCCAGAUUGCUGCAUGGUAAACAACUACCGUCCAACCAUGCCGCUGAACGGCCGUGUUGUAAAAUCGAGUUUCCAAUAAUUACGCGGUACAGCAGCUGACGUAUAUCCGUAUUGCUAGUGGCAGUGCAACGAGCCACGGUGGUUUGAUAAUGAAUAAUAAUAGGCCUAAUAAUAAUAAUGACAAUAAUAAUAAUAAUAAUGAUACUAAUAUAUUUGACCUUUAAAUAAGUAACCACACACAACAUAACACGCUUCAUAGGCCUACAGAUAAAACUACUUAACUGAACAACUAAACAUUAACUUAAACACACGAAGAAGACAUAAACUUAAAAACAAUAAUGCAAUCAUUAACUUGAUAUUUAAACAAAACUCAUGCUAAUUUAACAGAAUUUUCAAAGGCUGAUAUAUAUAAAUAAUUGAGUAUUGAUCUCUCUAAAUUGAAUAUUGUGUAAACAGUAAGGCUAAGCCUACUUCCAAAUGUUAUCGUGGUAUUAUAAAGAACGUAUUUUUAGACCUAACACUAUGCCAUCCUAUACCAAAGUCUAUGUUAACGAUUGUUAAUUGCAGAAUAUGUGAUACUCUCGUUUCGUUCGUUCUUUAAUUUAUUUAGUACUUAACCGUGGAGAUAACAGAGUAGGUAAACUUAAUGUUAAUUGAUCGACGACCAAAUACGUAGUAGUGCGCCAUCUCGCGAUACUACAAUUAUUCGUAGGGUCAAUGGUAGAAUGUACCUAUUAGCAAAGAUACUAGAAAUACAAGAUAGAGCACUCGCAUAGCAAAAAUGAGGCGGAAAUUGGUCCAGACGUACGUGGCGCCCUUCUCUUUUUACAAUGCAAGUUUUCUAUACUUGGUCCAGACCCACAGGGCGCCCUUCUAUUGCUAGGUUUAACCAGAUGCACGCGGCGCCUUCUUUUUCCACUGAUGGAGGAAAACUUUAUUACUAACAUAGAGCUAUUCUUAUUAUAUCUCUAUGAUUACUAAUCAGAGUCCGGUCAUACGAAUCUGCGUUUUUGUGUCUGUCAUUUUAUUGUUUUGAAUUAUUUAUACUACUUGUUUGUAUCUUAUUGAAAUGGCAACGAUUUCAACCUCCGCAAAAGGAGGUUAUAUGUAUUCACAGAUGUAACGGUGGCAGAUUUUUUUAUAGAUCCAGCCCGUACGCGGCGCCCCAUUGUUUGUAUUCCCACCAUGCAUUUCGGUGGAACAGUUUUUUCUAUGGAGAACACUAUCUUGUGUUUCUAGUAUCUUUGCUGUUAGCGAUUGAUAUUCCUAUGUUGAUUUUUUCAUUGUUAAAGUUGUAAAAUCUUAAUUUAAUUUAAAUUAUCAAACAUAGAAUAAUACCAAUAAGGAAAGAAAGAGUAUAUAUUAAAAGAUAUAUUGUAUUUACAUAGAAGAUAUAUAAGAUUAUAUAAACACUUAUAAAUUAUGCUUCAAUGUUUCAGAUGCAAUAAUAAAUCGAACUCGAGGAUAACUA